UGCAUUGUUGGCCACACCAACACAUUACACACGCACCGUACACCGCCGGAAUUUCCACCCGUUUCCGUCCGGAGCUUCCCCGGAGAGGUAGCCAUGUACGGAGCUCUGAACUUUGUAGCGACCCCAGUUGCGGGACCACUUUCGACCCGGAAAGCAGCAGUAUCCAACUCUUGGAGCAACAGAGUCUUUAUCGUUAGAGCAUCUUCGGAAAACCCCACGGUUUCUGCUUCCGUCAGCACGAAAGAGGGACCCAAAUCGGGGGCUUCGUUUUCUGCGCCGCCCAAUUUCAAGGCGCCGCAGCCCAAGCCUUUCAACGUGAGGGGUGAUAAGUUCUUGGACAUAUUGGGAGCUUCUCUCGCGCUAUUGUUUCGACUCGGCACUGCUGCUCUAGUUUCUGGAUAUUCAGCCUCCUUUGUGGACAAGAAAGAGAUACCACCUGACCAGUAUGCACUUCAAAUUGCUGGUUUCGCGGUGAAAGAGACUUCGAAACUGGGUCCUCGGCCUGAGAAGCCAAUUCAGAUAUAUGAAUUUGAAAGCUGCCCCUUUUGUCGGAAGGUAAGGGAAAUUGUCGCAAUUUUGGAUCUUGAUGUCUUGUUCUAUCCUUGCCCAAGAAAUGGCCCAAACUUUCGUCCUAAGGUUGCUCAGAUGGGUGGAAAGCAACAGUUUCCUUAUAUGGUUGAUCCAAACACUGGAGUUGCAAUGUAUGAAUCAGAUGAGAUAAUAAAGUACCUGGUUGGAAAAUAUGGUGAUGGACAGGUCCCACUUUUAUUGUCUCUCGGUCUGCUAACUACUUUGACAGAAGGCUUUGCUAUGAUUGGUAGAAUGGGAAAGGGAUCGUCCUAUACUCCAUCUAAACUUCCACCAAAGCCUCUAGAGAUAUGGGCAUAUGAGCCUUCUCCGUUUUGUAAAAUUGUGCGUGAAGUACUUGUUGAACUAGAGCUGCCUCACAUACUUCACAGCUGUGCUCGUGGCAGCCCCAAACGCCAGUCAUUGUACCAGAGAGUCGGACAUUUCCAGGCUCCAUACUUAGAAGAUCCAAAUACCGGGGUGCAGAUGUUUGAGAGCGCAGAGAUUGUGGAAUAUUUACGGGCAACUUACGCUCUCUAACGAUGAGGAGGGUUUGCAUGUGCAGCUCAACUGGUUACAUAGGUGAAAUUUGUCACAAUAAACAAAAGAUCGAAUCUCACCAGCACUAUUGUGCGAGCAACCUCUCAAAUGAGAGGAGCUUCUUGUGCACGGUGAGCAAAAAUCUAGUCUCAGUUGAUCAGUUGAGUCACCAAGAUUUAUCCUUCCAUAAUCAUGUCGGGCCGUGUUAUGGGGGCGCCUAGGGUGGACGAUUCCACCUUUUAUCACAAGAGUGUUUUGGUUGGUGGGUAAGAACUGAGUUAUAAUACAAUUGUGACCGCAAUUUAUAAUUCUUUCCUCUAUUUAA